GGCGCCCGCAAGGCGUACGUGGGGGCGUGAGUGGUUCUAGAACGUUGCUGUGGUAGCGCUCGGGCGCCAUGUUAGGACGAAGGGGAAGAAGGAGAAGCGCUUAAAGCGGCGGGCGCGGGCGCGGGAGUGGGGUUGGAGCCAGGGCUGAGGCGACCCCCCUCAGCAGAUCAUGCCCAGGGUGCCUGUGGCGGCGGCUGCGGGGGGGAAGUGACUGGGCGGUGCCGGCGCGAGGGACGAUGCCGUUUCCAGUUACAACCCAGGGAUCACAACAAACACAACCGCCACAGAAGCAUUAUGGCAUUACCUCUCCCAUCAGUUUAGCGGCCCCCAAAGAGACAGACUGCAUACUCGCACAGAAACUAAUUGAAACCCUAAAGCCCUUUGGGGUUUUUGAAGAGGAAGAGGAACUGCAGCGCAGGAUUUUAAUUUUGGGAAAAUUAAAUAACCUGGUAAAAGAAUGGAUACGGGAAAUCAGUGAAAGCAAGAAUCUUCCACAGUCUGUAAUUGAAAAUGUUGGAGGAAAAAUUUUUACAUUUGGAUCCUACAGAUUAGGAGUUCAUACAAAAGGUGCUGAUAUUGAUGCAUUGUGUGUUGCACCAAGACAUGUUGACCGAAGUGACUUUUUCACCUCAUUCUAUGAAAAAUUGAAGCUACAAGAAGAAGUAAAAGAUUUGAGGGCUGUUGAAGAGGCAUUUGUACCAGUUAUCAAGCUAUGUUUUGAUGGUAUAGAGAUUGAUAUUUUGUUUGCAAGAUUAGCACUGCAGACUAUUCCUGAAGAUUUGGACCUUCGUGAUGACAGUCUACUAAAAAAUUUAGAUAUUAGAUGCAUAAGAAGUCUUAAUGGUUGCAGGGUAACCGAUGAAAUUUUACAUCUAGUACCAAACAUUGACAACUUCAGGUUAACUCUGAGAGCUAUCAAACUUUGGGCCAAACGCCACAACAUCUAUUCCAAUAUAUUAGGUUUCCUCGGUGGUGUUUCCUGGGCUAUGCUAGUAGCAAGAACUUGCCAGCUUUAUCCAAAUGCAAUAGCAUCAACUCUUGUACAUAAAUUUUUCUUGGUAUUUUCUAAAUGGGAAUGGCCAAAUCCAGUGCUAUUGAAACAACCUGAAGAAUGCAAUCUUAAUUUGCCUGUAUGGGACCCAAGGGUAAACCCCAGUGAUAGGUACCAUCUUAUGCCUAUAAUUACACCAGCAUACCCACAACAGAAUUCUACGUACAAUGUGUCCGUUUCUACACGGAUGGUCAUGGUUGAGGAGUUUAAACAAGGUCUUGCUAUCACAGAUGAAAUUUUGCUGAGUAAGGCAGAGUGGUCCAAACUUUUUGAAGCUCCCAACUUCUUUCAAAAGUACAAGCAUUAUAUUGUACUUCUAGCAAGUGCACCAACAGAAAAGCAGCGACUAGAAUGGGUGGGCUUGGUGGAAUCAAAAAUCCGAAUCCUGGUUGGAAGUUUGGAGAAGAACGAAUUUAUUACACUGGCUCAUGUGAAUCCUCAGUCAUUUCCAGCACCGAAAGAAAAUCCUGACAAGGAAGAAUUUCGUACAAUGUGGGUGAUUGGAUUAGUGUUUAAAAAAACAGAAAACUCUGAAAACCUCAGUGUUGACCUUACAUAUGACAUUCAGUCUUUUACAGAUACAGUUUAUAGGCAAGCAAUAAACAGCAAGAUGUUUGAGAUGGAUAUGAAAAUUGCUGCAAUGCAUGUAAAAAGAAGGCAACUUCAUCAACUCCUACCUAAUCAUGUGCUUCAGAAAAAGAAAAAGCAUUCAUCAGAAGUUCGAUUGACAGCUCUAAAUGACAGCAGUCUAGAUUUGUCUAUGGAUAGUGACAACAGCAUGUCUGUGCCUUCUCCUACCAGUGCUAUGAAGACCAGUCCAUUGAAUAGUUCUGGCAGCUCUCAGGGCAGAAACAGUCCUGCUCCAGCUGUAACAGCAGCAUCUGUGACCAACAUCCAGGCAACUGAGGUUUCUGUGCCACAAGUAAAUUCCAGUGAAAGCUCAGGGGGUACUUCAAGUGAAAGCAUUCCUCAAACUGCCACGCAGCCAGCCAUUUCUCCACCACCAAAGCCUACGGUCUCCAGAGUUGUUUCCUCAACACGUCUGGUAAACCAACCACCAAGACCUUCAGGAAACACAGCAACAAAAGUUCCUAAUCCUAUAGUAGGAGUCAAAAGGACAUCUUCACCUCAUAAAGAAGAGAGUCCCAAGAAAACCAAAACAGAGGAGGAUGAGACAAGUGAAGAUGCCAACUGUCUUGAUUUGAUUGAACAUGAUAAACAGGAAACUAAGGAACAACUUGAUACAGAAACAAGUACAACUCAAUCUGAAACUCUUCAGACAGCGGCUCCUCUGUUGGCUGCUCAGAAAACAUCCAGUACAGACCUUUCAGAUAUCCCUGCUCUCCCUGCAAAUCCUAUUCCUGUUAUCAAGAAUUCAAUAAAACUGAGAUUGAACCGGUAAAAACAACCUCAGGGGUCCAUAAACAAUAUCUGCCAACUCAACCUGUUGUCUUCUAAUGCUAAAAAGGAGAAUGGAGGGUGCAAGACUAGACAUGACUGAAAAUGGAUUUAGGUUUAUUUGGUGAACCUCCCUUACUGGGCUAAUCAGCACUUGAUCGGAAGUCCAGGUUAGUAUGUGAAGCCAGGAGUACUAUUAGUAAUGUGUUAGCAACAGUUGCAUUAACUAUUUCAAAGGAUUACUGCCUUUAAAAGAAAAAAAAAGAGGAAAAAAACCUCAAGUUAUAUUUGUAUCCAUAUUUAACAUCUGAUUGGAUUUCUGUUUGAUGCAUUGUUUGAAAAAUUUGCAAUACAAACUGGCAUAAGAAUUCCUUAUAUUGAUGAUGCACUUUUAUGUAUUUUUUAUUAGAAAGUAGAACUAAUUUUAGAUCUUGAGCUUGAUGCAUUUUUAUUUUUUCCUGAAGUUUCUUCAUCAUUAUUCUAUAAAUUGGAUAACAUUGUACAGUGGUUAUACUAUUGUACUUGAGACAAAUGAUAAGGGUACAUCUAGUUCAGUCCCAUUGAAGUAGCCAUAACCCUUAAAAAUGAAAUGUUAUAUCUUUGGGGUAUGUGACAUAUUAAAAGAAUAAUUGGGAAAUAGUUGGUUUUGAAUGGGACACGAUUAAGAAGUAGUAUAUUGGUUUUAUUUAUAAAGUUUUAUAGUGCAUACAAAUCAGCGGUCAAACAAACAAAUCCUUUUUUCCUUUGAGCUAACAAAGUUCUGUUCUCUUUCCUUCAAUCUUUUCUCUUUUAUUCCCUUUUUUCAGUUUGUAUGCACACAAUAGGGACAAUUUCAUAAAAAAAUUAAUGCCAGUAUUUUCUUAAGCCAUGAUGUAAAACAAACCACCCUGUGGCCACAUGGCACAAAACACCAAAUUUUGGUCUUAUAUGCUUCAAACUUUUGGGUGACUAAGUGGUGCCUGUAAAAGCAUAACAUCUCUUGGGAUGGCCAUUUGAUCACUAAUAUAAAGUUUUGUACGUACACUCCAUAGAUUUCCUGCUGCAGCCAAGUAAAACAUUUCAAAUUUUGAACAUAAAGGCAAAGCUAUUUUCUCCAAGAAUUUAAAAACUAAUUUUUAUUUUUAGAUGGCUCACCAAAAAUUUGUCAAUAAAUUUUAGAUAGAAAAAAAGCAUACUUUAAAAAAUCAUUUCUAGCAAGCACUUGACAUCUAGUCAGCUCUCUUUACUCCUUUUUUGUUUUAUUCUUCAGUCCUAUCAAAAAGAUUUAGGAGCUUCUUUCUUUAAAAGGAAUUUUUAAAUCCUUCCUGAUUGCAACAGAAAUUACCAGUAUUUAGAAAAUGUGAGGGAUACCAGAUGUAGAUAGCAAACUUAAACUUAGUUACUUUUUCUUAAUCUGGGGGGAAAAAAAAGCAAAACCAACAAAAACCUUCCCAUAUUUUCUGAUUAGCAUGUUUUAUGAAUCCCCCAUUGUGCUCCAUCUUAUUACAUGUGCAUUUUUCAUGUUAAACUGCAAUUACUUACACUCUUCCACUGUCCUUCUAAAUUAAUUUUAUAAAGUUGGAGUGUAGUUUCUUUUUCCCCUUAGGCUAUGCAGUAAUUGAGGCUUUCUUUUCACCAUUUCUUUAAGAUGUCUAGUAUACAAUAUUUCUAUUUCCCUUAUCUCCUGCCCUGUGCAGCCACCUUGCCCUCCCUUUCUACCACCUAUGAAAAGAUGAUUAUACUAACAGUUGAAGCGUACAAGGUGUCUGUGUAUUUUGUGUAGCUAUGGAGUUUAGAUCGAAAUUGCCAGGCACAAAUUUAGUCUUGUCAUUUUGUUUACACAUUGGGGAAAAUAAAAUUCAGUUUAUUAAACGUUUCAUGUAACUGCACCCAAGUUUUUCCAAGCAGGAAACUUGGAAUUUUUCUGUAUAGUGACUUUUUAAUUCUAGUUUUCAUAAUCUGGAGAUCAGACUGUUGCUUUCGCAUGAUGUACGUAGUGUCUCAUGACUGGAGUUUGCUUUGUUUUAUAGUAUCUGUACUCCUUGUAUUUUUCAAGAGCUAUUUUGUAAACAGAUGAUGUAUUUCUCCAUUGAAAACACAAUAAAAAACAGCACAAUCCCA